UUUUUCAUCAGUUGACUUCGAUUCGCGAUUUCGUGAAGAACUCACAAAAAAUGAAAAUUAUUCACUUUUUUGCCGUUUUGUGCCUUGUUGGCUUGGCUGUAGCUGAAAAGGCUCGUUUUGACAAUUAUCAGGUUUGGUCAUUGGAAAUUUCGAACGAUGAGCAACUUAAAGUUUUGCAAGAAGUUGAAUUGAAACCUGAUGGGUAUCAAUUAUGGGGAUCUCCAACAAAUGUUGGAAAACACAUCGAAGUCGUUGUUCCUCCUCAUAAAAUUGGAGAUUUCACGGAUAUGGUCAAAGAUUAUUCUUUUAAGAACAAACUUGUGAACAAAAAUCUUCAAAGUUUAAUCGACAACGAACAACCCAAAGUAAAAUCUCCUCGUUUUGGAUGGACCGAGUAUCACACUUUGGAUGAAAUUUACGAAUAUUUGCGUGAAACUGUAAAAAAUCAUCCCGAUGUUGCUCGAGGAAUUUCUAUGGGAACUUCAUGGGAAGGGCGCCCAAUCGAGGGAAUUCACAUCAAUUACGGAAAAAAUAAGGCAAACACGACAAUUUUCAUCGAAUCGAACAUUCAUGCUCGAGAAUGGAUCACUUCAGCUACGACAACGCACUUUAUCGAGAGUCUUUUGCACUCGCAGAACGAACAGGUGAGAUUUGCAGCAGAAAAUUACGAAUGGUACAUCUUCCCCGUUGUCAAUCCCGAUGGUUAUGUGUACACGCACGAGACAAAUCGCAUGUGGCGUAAAACGAGAAGCAAGCGCCCGGGAUCGAGUUGUUACGGAACUGAUGGCAAUCGGAAUUUCAAGUAUUCGUGGAUGCAGGGAGGCGCAUCUCAAGAUCCAUGCAGUGAUACAUAUGCCGGUCCCGAACCCUUCUCAGAGCUCGAAACUACCGCAAUUUCCAACUUUUUCGAAACAAUCAAGCACAAAGUCGAGAUGUAUUUGAGUUUCCAUUCGUACAGUCAACUUUUGAUGUACCCAUUUGCCCAUAACCAAGACCCCAUCAACAACAAGGACGAUCAUAUCGCUUUGGCAAAUGUUGGAGCAGCUCAAAUUGCCUCGAUGUACGGCACAAAAUACACUGCUGGCAACGCUCAAACCGUUUUAUAUACAACUUCCGGCGGAUCACGUGAUUGGGCAAAAGGUCAUCACAACGUCCCGUUUUCGUUCACUUAUGAGAUGCGCGAUACCGGCUACUACGGAUUUUUGUUGCCUGCUGAUCAAAUUAUCAAAAAUGCGUUCGAAAUUGAACAUUCGGUCUUCGCGAUGAUGGAAGAGGGACGCAAACGUGGAUAUUUCCGCAUUGAAAAUUAAUUUUUUUUCUAAAUAUUUCAAGUUUUAUUAAAAUUUUCUAAUAAAAAAGUCGCCUAACU